ACAAUCCUGCAUUCAUUCAAGUCUUGACUUUACUACAGAAAAUGGUUUACCCUGUCACAAUGCACACCGUGUUCCAAAAUGGAACCACGUCACAAUAUAUUUGGAACGACCGUCCCUUUUUUAUCCCAGAUCUGAAUGCCGUGUUCGUGAUGUUUUAUGCUUCUGUCAAUGCGGCAUUAUACCAGGGAUAUGCGGCUUUUGGUAUCAACGACCCAUUCAACACUCCCCCAGAGUGGAACUCGUUUUUGGAUGAGCAAGGUCAGACCCCAGAUUUAAAUUUCCCAUUUGCUUGGAAACGAAGCUACAAUUUGCUUGGAACACAAUUGUCGGCAUUCUACGAAAAAGUAAUUCGAUCGCACUAUUGCCACCAGAAAAAUAUCACCACCAAUUUCAUAUAUUCAAAAAGAGUUUUAGCUCAUCUAUCCGACUGCUCCACAAUAGCAGUAUGUAACUCAACCAAUUGCUUUUAUUACGAAACACAAAGCAUAGAUUUUACUUUACUAAGGAAAUCUGGAAUCACAAAGAACAUGUCUCAACAUGAUGCAUGGGCCCAAGAAAUUCAUGGGUAUCGUCAGGCCCAUUAUGGGUCGACCAUUUCCACCAGCAUCAGCAACAUGUAUCCUUUUAUGCAUGUCGACAACUCUACAAUCACCUCCCAGAUAAACCAAUUUUUUACUUUUCCCGGCUCGAAUGAAAGUUUCAUCAGAGAAAAGGGCUUAUUUGCCCCUGAAGGACAUCGAGGAAGGACGUAUUAUAAGCCUCAAAGUCUACAUGGACAACGAAUUGCUUGAAAAAGUCCAAAAAUUGAGACCGGAUUUAUUUAUUUUAUUUUCAUUAGUAAUGAAAAGCAAGUCUAUUUUUGAAUCAACAGUGGAUAAGAGAUAUACAUCUUCACUGUACUACAUUCCGUUCGAGUUCUUCCCUAGCCUGACGUUAUUCUUCGCAAGAUUUUCAUCGUUCGAGGACGAAGGUAUCUCAACAAGUAGGGGUGCCGAUCUGGAGAAACAAUGGAUGCAACUUGUUACCGACUUGUGGCAAGGAGUCUGUCCCACUGCUGAGUUAUAUCCGUCAUUUCCUUCGUUCUAUUUGGUAACUCGUUGUGUAGUUUGUACGAUUGAACCAAGUUAAUUUUUUUAUUUACACUAUUGCACAAUGGAUCAUUACCGAUAAAUGCGGAGAGUAAUAUUCCAGUGUCUACGUCGAAUAUACACACGACCACCAGCCAACCAAUCGACACCCGCGUUUGUGCUGACAGCGGUAACGCUGAAGAAGCAAGUGGCCCUCAACCUGAAUCCACCGAUGAUGACACCACGGGGAUGACACCUGCAGACUCCAGAGAUACCCAGAAGAGGUGGUUUUGAGAUAGAUGGUCAAUUACUGAGCAAAACAACCCUAGAAUAUCCACAACCACCUGCAGCUUUUGGGAAAUGUCGUUUGUUUCUAUCAGAAUUAGUCACUGAAACUAGUGCUCAACAAUCUUUCCUUGAAUAUGAAAUGUUGUGCCCAUCCAAAAGGCGUUCGAAGCACAAGAACCUUUCUGGAUUUUUGACCAUCUUUCUAGAAAGUGGCGAUAUUCCAAAAAUUAUCGGGACGAUUGACCACUCCAACAAAGAACUCGUAGAAGUUGUGGAGACCACUUCUAGCGGAAAUCAGGUUACCCGCAAAUAUUUUGUUGUGGGUGGUGGAGGUACUCAAACGAAUCAACAAAUUUCCAGAGGAAUGUUUGCGGACCAGUAUAAUUUAGCUAUUCCGUCCGCCCAAUCGAGAACAAUUUUUGUCAUUCUAAUUUAUAUUCCUAGUUACAUGAAACACAUACCAACAGCCAGAAAAUUCUGGCUGCCAAUCAACAACAAUGGAGUUUACGAGCCAAAACCUUUGACAGAAGAUCAUGAAGGUCUUUCAAAGUAUCCCCAGGACUCUUUACUAAUUGGUCAGCCAUGCAAUUUCGACGAAUGUGGUAUGUUCUUGAAAUGGGCAAUUGUAGAAAGCCUUGUUGGAGAAGAUAACCUUAUAUACCCUAUACCUGAUGUCGAAGGAGCAGUUAAGCCAUAUCAAAGUCUCAGUAGGUGUAGCUCGACGAUGCUUUCUAUGCAAAUGAAUGACUUUGUUGUUGCAACGCCAACACCAUCAGCCGAGAAUAAUUGUCCCAGAGAUACUCCGGUGUCAUUUCAAAGCCCAUUCAAUUUUCGUGGCCGGGCAUUACAAUCAACAGCUCAGCAGAUUAUUAUCAACGUGAAAUACUUUUUUGACAGGGCGACAGCUAAUUCAGAGCUACUCGUGGGAUCGCCCUCGAAAUUAGCUUCAUUAGCCACAAAUGUCAAACUCUGGACGGUGUCAAGGGUCGUUGUAGCACACCCCAACAACGUUCAAAUACAGACACCUGGAAAGAAACGACCACGAGAAAUGAGGACUUUUAAAUUGCUGGACCAAUUCAAACUAGAUAUACUAAAAGGCAUGAUACAGAAACACUUUCAGAAUAAUCGCGUCGCAUUUCUGGAAGAAAUUUAUAACGAGUUUAUGGCGCGGAUGAAGGAUGACGACGAUGUUUUAGAGAGAACAUCGUCUGAGCCAAUAACGAGAUUUAAGUGCUCGUUGUAUACGUUUAGAAAGCUGAUGCACAAAAUUGGGUAUAAAUUUGGCACAGUUGAUCUCCGAGUUGCAAUUCUACAAAGAGAAGAUAUAAUUCGAUGGCGAGGUCGGUUUCUUAAACGUCUACGAGAAAACGAAAGGGACCCCAACAAAAAAAAUUAUAUACACAGGUGCGUACUAGUUCCGUAUAUUUAUAUAAAAAUAUUGUUUUUGUCGGUUUAGUUCAAUAUUUCAAUAUUCAAUUUAUUAGCAUUUGAUAUGGCCAUGAGCCCUCAUCAAUAGAAAUUACAGAGCUAGAUAUGUAAAUGUAAGUAAAGUAAAGUAGUCAGAGGAAUAGUGGGAAAACCUGGCUAUGGUGUAGAGCCAGGAAAACACUAUCACCUCUGGGAAUGUGACCCAGAGGUCCAUUCGGCUCUGACUACAUCACCCAGGCAGGACAAAUGAGUGAUAGGGAUCAUAGGCAGAUUCCGCGAGGAACUGCUGAUAUCCAAAUGAGGACGGCGUCGUGACGGCGGAAGCAAGGUGAGUGAAGGUUGUUGGGCGGGGCGUCCACGGACCACGAAAUACCUUAGCGCCCUCACGGGCACGGGCUACGUGUCCCCUUCACGGUCACACAGUGUGAC